AAGGGGGGAGGACACAGAACCCUGACAAUUUUACUGUGUAGGGCUUCUACAAGUCAGCUUGCAUCUAAAACUCACUGGCUCCAUUCAUAAAACAGCUCAAAACUCAGACAAACAUGCAUGUAAGACAUUUAAACGCAUAAGCACACAUGCAUACAUUUACUCUCCUCUCUUUUAAACAAAAAUCAUUUUUAUUCUUUUUUUGUGUUUUCCUUUAAUGAUUUUCUGUAUAACCUAACAUCUUUGUUAUUUUCUUUAUCCUCUAUACUGUGUUUUAUUUCGACUUCCCUGUAAAGUAACCUUGGGAGUCUGAACAUGUGCUUUUUAAAUAAAAUGUAUUAUUAUUAUUAUUAUUAUUAUUAUUGUUGUUGUUGUUGUUGUUGUUGUUGUUGUUGUUGUUGUUAUUAUUAUCACCAAGCAAAGAUAAUUCAAACAUAUGCUAUGCUCGGCUACAAUUAAUCUUGGGGAAAUGUCAGUAAGGGCCUCCUCUCAGCCACACGUGGGUACAAAAUGCCAUCCACAUCUUUCCAUGGAAUAGUACGUCCUUGUGUAACUGCAAUCCUUAUACUGGGUUGUUUUGGGAUUUUAUGUUUUGCUUAUUUCAAGAUGCCCACUACCUGGCUGUCAAAUCAAGUGAAAUUAAAAGCACCUGCACCAAUGGUGAAAAACUUUGGUUCAAAAAAAGAGCAAAACCAGACUGUUAUACUAAUCUGGAUGUGGCCAUUUGGCAGUGCCUUUGCCCUGACCUCCUGUAGUGCCCUGCUUAACAUUGAUGGCUGUCACCUAACAUCAGACAGAAAUAUGCUAAGCAAGUCGCAUGGGGUUAUUUUCCAUCACAGAGACAUUCGCUCAGAUUUAUCAAACCUGCCACCACCACAGCGCCCAAUAUUCCAAAAAUGGGUGUGGAUGAAUAUUGAAUCACCCACAAAUUCGGGAAAGAUUCCCGGUCUUAAUAGUCUGUUCAAUUUGACUUUGAAUUACCGGCAGGAUGCUGAUAUUCCAGUGCGUUAUGCGACCAUUGUUCAAACUCAGGACAAUAAUUUUAAAAUACCAAGCAAAGACAAGUUAGUGUGCUGGAUUGUGAGCAAUUGGAACCCAAGUUACAAAAGAGUGGCGUACUAUAAUGCGUUGAAGCAACUCAUUGAUAUACAUGUCUAUGGACGGGCCUUUGGGAAACCAGUCAGCAACCAAGACUUUGAUCCCACAAUUGCCAGCUGUAAAUUCUAUCUGUCAUUUGAGAACUCAAUCCACAAAGACUACAUCACUGAAAAACUGUACAACCCACUUUCUGUGGGCACUGUGCCAAUUGUUCUUGGGCCAUCAAGACAGAACUAUGAGAACUUUGUCCCAGGUGAUGCCUUUAUACAUGUAGAUGAUUUUCCCUCCCCCAAAGAGCUGGCUGACCACAUCCUGAUCUUAGACAAGAACGAAGACCAAUACCAUCGAUACUUUGAAUGGCGUAGACACUUCAAAGUAGACAAGACAGGAGCAUUUAUCAUAGGCACAUGUCUUGCCUGUAAUUAUAUUAGGACACACCGCAACGAAUACAAGGUUAUCAAUAACCUUAACACAUGGUACUGGGGAUGAUUUUAAAAAAGCGUAGUGAAGGACGUCAUCUUGUUCUUUUUUUUUUUUUUUUUUCAUAAUUUCAGAUUGCAAAAUAUAUUUUCUUUCUCCUGUGAAAUGCUAAACAAAGAUUAACUGCCAGACUCC